CGCGCAGCUGGGUGGGCCCGGGAGCCGAGUGGCAGAAUCCAAGGACCCUUUUUGUUUUUUCUCCAUAUUACUUGAUGGGAGGCAUUAUGGCCCCCAAAGACAUAAUGACAAAUACUCAUGCUAAAUCCAUCCUCAACUCAAUGAACUCCCUCAGGAAGAGCAACACCCUCUGUGAUGUGACAUUAAGAGUAGAGCAGAAAGACUUCCCUGCCCAUCGGAUUGUGCUGGCUGCCUGUAGUGAUUACUUCUGUGCCAUGUUCACGAGAGGGGUGAAGCAGGCCUGCUGUGAAUUCUUAGAAAGUCAACUGGACCCUUCUAAUUGCCUGGGUAUCAGGGACUUUGCUGAAACUCACAAUUGUGUUGACCUGAUGCAAGCAGCUGAGGUUUUUAGCCAGAAGCAUUUUCCUGAAGUGGUACAGCAUGAAGAGUUCAUCCUUCUGAGUCAAGGAGAGGUGGAAAAGCUAAUCAAGUGUGAUGAAAUUCAGGUAGAUUCUGAAGAGCCGGUCUUUGAGGCUGUCAUCAAUUGGGUGAAGCAUGCCAAGAAAGAGCGAGAAGAAUCUUUGCCUGACCUGCUACAAUAUGUGCGGAUGCCCCUACUGACGCCCAGGUACAUUACAGAUGUAAUAGAUGCUGAGCCUUUCAUUCGCUGUAGUUUACAGUGCAGGGAUCUAGUUGAUGAAGCAAAGAAGUUUCAUCUGAGGCCUGAACUUCGGAGUCAGAUGCAGGGACCCAGGACAAGAGCUCGUCUAGGAGCCAAUGAAGUGCUUCUGGUGGUUGGUGGCUUCGGAAGCCAGCAGUCUCCCAUUGAUGUAGUAGAGAAAUAUGACCCCAAGACUCAGGAGUGGAGCUUUUUGCCAAGCAUCACUCGUAAGAGACGUUAUGUGGCCUCAGUGUCCCUACAUGACCGGUUCUAUGUAAUUGGUGGCUAUGAUGGCCGUUCCCGCCUCAGUUCAGUGGAAUGUCUAGACUCCACAGCAGAUGAGGAUGGGGUCUGGUAUUCUGUGGCCCCUAUGAAUGUCCGACGAGGUCUUGCUGGAGCUACCACCCUGGGAGAUAUGAUAUACGUCUCUGGAGGCUUUGAUGGAAGCCGACGUCAUACCAGUAUGGAGCGAUAUGACCCAAACAUUGACCAGUGGAGCAUGCUAGGAGAUAUGCAGACAGCUCCAGAGGGUGCUGGACUAGUAGUGGCCAGUGGAGUGAUCUACUGUCUAGGAGGAUAUGAUGGCUUGAAUAUUUUAAAUUCAGUUGAGAAAUACGAUCCACAUACUGGACACUGGACUAAUGUUACACCAAUGGCUACCAAGCGUUCAGGUGCUGGAGUAGCCCUUCUGAAUGACCAUAUUUAUGUGGUGGGGGGAUUUGAUGGCACAGCCCACCUUUCUUCAGUUGAAGCAUACAACAUUCGCACUGAUUCCUGGACAACUGUCACUAGUAUGACCACUCCGCGAUGUUAUGUAGGGGCCACAGUGCUUCGGGGGAGACUCUAUGCAAUUGCAGGAUAUGAUGGCAAUUCCCUGCUGAGUAGCAUUGAAUGCUAUGACCCAAUCAUCGACAGUUGGGAAGUAGUGACAUCCAUGGGAACCCAGCGCUGUGAUGCUGGUGUGUGUGUUCUCCGAGAGAAAUGACCAUUGUUAGAGCACCAUCCAGAGCUAGUGACCAGUCCAGAGGACAGAUUGUGGAAGAGUCAAGGAUCCUUUCCAGAAUAUCUAUUUCUCACUGUGUGCACAGAGUGAUUACAAGCACCAGUGCAGUGA